GGAGCAAAACCGUGUUCACAUCGAGCUCUCUAGAGCUUUGCCUUGUACCGCUUAACCACAUAGGGACAUAUCAAACGGGCACCUUUCCAGCUCUACACCUGAGCUGUCGCUCACUCACUCACAACGCACCUCUUUCUCCUACCACGCACACUGUCCCCCACCUCGACGUCCCAUUGCUUAGGCAUACCUACGCUGCCCACCUCAACCGCUCUACAGGGGAAAGGGGGGAAUAACCAGCAGAAAAAAUACCCGAGGGCGGAAGUACAUCGCCAUCCGUCCUUCUCAAUGUCGUGAUGGUGCUACUCUCGAGCCAACUGACAGCUCUGCUGUCAUUCCUUUCCCUUUCCUUCUUCGUUGGCCCCUCGGUCUGCGAGGCUCAGGAUGCCCCCGCCGAAGGCCUGAUCAAUGGCGAGAUCGGUCGCUUGAACAACCAGAGUCUUCUAUGGGGCCCCUAUCGCCCCAACCUGUACUUCGGUAUCCGGCCGCGAAUACCGCUGAGCUUGACCACCGCCCUCCUAUGGGCCAAAGUGGACAACUACGUCGACGUUCAGAAUGGCUUCCGCUACACCUGUGAGCAAAAUGAGGGCAUGGCCGGCUAUGGCUGGGAUGAGUAUGACACGAGGAGGGGUGGUGUCCAGUCUAUUCAUGAUUCCGGAAAUAAGAUUGACAUCACAACCGAAUUCGUCAAGAUUCCCGGCGGCGGUCAUGGCGGUAGUUGGGCAGCUCGCAUCAAGGGUGUACCUCGGGAUGACGCCCCUGUCGACCUCAAGACUACCGUGCUAUUCUACGUCGCGUCCGAGGCCCUGGGCGAGCUGCUUGACGUGUCCGGAGACGGCGACGACAAUGGAUACGACGGCGACGUGACUUUCACCGGCCGCUCCGAAGUCUUGGGCGACUACACGCUAGUCGUUACCAAAGGCAAAGGCGGGCAUCCUACUAGUGCUCAUGCUGUAUCCGCAAAGAGGGACGCCGAAAAGACGACGGUGAAGUCGCUAACUACCCCCCUGGAGCAUCUAUGGCAGACCAAGCAGCUAUUGUUUCAGCAGCUCAAGGCGGGCGUCGAUGAGGUCAUCCAGGAAUACGGAGCUGAGAACGCACCUCCUCCCUGGCAGGUUUACCAGCUCGUGAACAAACCCGCCUCGGGGAAUGCGCAUUUCGUCCAGAAGGUAUUCGAGGGGCCCUUCGAGUUUGACGUCCUAUUCUCGAGCGGGUCUGCCGGCAAGGCCACCACGAGCGAAGAUUUGACCCGCGAAAUCCAGUCCACCACCGAUUCUUUCGGAGACCGUUUCGCGGACGUUUUCGCCCCUCUAGCGCCAUUCGAUACCGACAAGUACCGAAAAUUCGGUCGAAGCAUGCUCUCGAACCUGGCGGGGGGCAUCGGAUACUUCUACGGACAGCAGGUGGUCGAUCGGUCGUAUGCCCCUGAAUAUGACGAGGAAAAUGAAGGAUUCUGGGAGGAGACCGCUGAGGCUCGUGCUCGAAAGCAGGAGCAGCUUGAUGGGCCGUAUGAAUUGUUCACUAGUAUUCCGUCUCGGCCUUUCUUCCCGCGCGGCUUUCUGUGGGACGAGGGUUUCCACCUACUUCCCAUUGCCGACUGGGACAUCGACCUUACCCUCGAUAUUGUGAAGAGUUGGUACAACCUGAUGGACGACGACGGGUGGAUCGCCCGCGAGCAGAUCCUCGGCGACGAAGCCAGGAGUAAAGUCCCUCCGGAAUUCCAGGUGCAAUACCCGCACUACGCCAACCCCCCGACGUUGUACUUGGUCCUCGAAGCGUUCGCCGAGAAGCUACAGAAGUCAAACGGCACUCAACGCGUCGGCAAAGAGCACCUCUCUGAAGGCUCCGUCCUCGAAUCUGCUCACGUCGACAACCCCGCUCUGGGGGUGGAGUAUCUACGCAACCUAUAUCCUCUCCUCCGACGCCAAUUCCUGUGGUUCAAGAAGACCCAAUUCGGAGACAUCAGUAGCUACGAUCGGGACGCGUACUCGAAGAAGGAAGCCUACCGCUGGCGCGGCCGAUCCGUCCAGCACAUUUUAACGAGCGGUCUCGACGACUACCCACGGCCCCAGCCCCCGCACCCCGGCGAGCUGCACGUGGACCUCAUAUCCUGGAUGGGCAUGUCGGCGCGAGUGUUAGCCAAGAUCGCUGACUUCGUCGGCCUACCUGAGGACGUACAAGAGUACGACAAAGUGUUCGACGGUAUCGCGCACAACCUAGUGGACCUUCAUUGGUCCGAGGCUGCGGGCUGCUUCUGCGACGCCACCAUCGACGCCUUCGAGGAGCACGUUCUCGUCUGCCACAAGGGCUACAUCUCCCUGUUUCCGUUCCUGCUGGGCUUGCUGCAACCCGACGACCCCAAGCUCGGCCGGCUGCUGGACCUGCUUGGCGACGAGGAGGAGCUCUUCAGCCCCCACGGCAUCCGCAGCCUGAGCAAGAAGGACGAGUUCUAUGCCACCGACGAGAACUACUGGCGCAGCCCCGUGUGGAUCAACAUGAACUACCUUGCCAUCGUGCAGUUACGAAACUACGCCCUGCGUCCCGGUCCCCAGGCAGCUAGGGCCAAGGACCUGUACGUGCGGCUGCGCCGGAACGUCGUCGAGACUGUGUACGAGAGCUGGGCAGAAACGGGCUUCGCCUGGGAACAGUACAACCCGGAGACGGGACGCGGCCAGCGGACCCAGCACUUCACCGGCUGGACCAGCCUCGUGGUCAAGAUCAUGGCCUUCGAUGACCUGGGCUCCUUCAUACCGCAGACCACGGGCGAGGGCUCGGCGGCGUACGAGGAGCCGGAGGCGGAAGGGCAGGAUAGGGAGGGAGCCGAGGGCGAGCAGCAUGCCCGGGAUGAGCUAUGAGAUAUGCGGAUGGGAGGAGUAUCAGGAGACCGGCUAUCUAAGAUAGAGCUAGACUGUAGGUAGUCAAUACCACUGAUGUCUUACCGUCGAUACGUAAGCCUAUUAAAUUCAAUCACUGCAGAUAACGAGCUGAUUGUUGUCACCGGAGUAACCCAGGUGCCGAGAUACUCCCGGGAAGAGGGACAGGGGGGAGGGCAGACAACAGGAGUAGCAGGUAAUGGUUGAGACCCACUAU